AUGACUCCUUCUACGGUGACGACCCUUCCUCUCAAUUACGCCGAAGUUACACGGGCAGCAACCCUUUCUGAUGCUGCCCACGUUAGUCCGAUAGCCGCCCCCGAUAGCGAGACCAUGAUGGCUUCUGCAGUACAGGAUCCGGCCUCUACAACGGCGCCCCCACCUGAAGAUAAUCACCGACCGACCUUGCAAGAAGGCGUGGAUGCUAGGAUGGACAUUGACCCACGGGUUGUGCCGACAGCGGCUUUUCUUCCAGACACCGGAGCAGCUGAAGAAAUUCACCCACAUUCAGAUACUGAAACACACGUCCGUAAACAGCGUUCCACGCGAAAACACAAGAGACGGCGGCGUGCUCCAUCGGACGAUUGUUUGCAGCGAUCGUCUGACAUGGACUGCGGAAAUUCCGACGACGGUACCGGCGCUACAGAGGCCGCUGUAACAUCAAACUCAACAGAUCGCCGUGGUGACGGCUUCAGCCCCUCCGACCCCACAGAACAGCAGGAUCACAAGCAGACAGCCGCUGCCGAUUCCCAGCCAGAAGAGCCGAUGGAUUCAGCGCCGAGUGCCGCAGCAGCCACUAACUGCCACCAACAGCCGAUGGCGGCAUCAGCUGCGGCGGACGUCGGCGCCGGCCCGUCCAUCAAUAACGGUGCCGCCCCCGCCGCCCCCACCCCGUCACGGGCACGCUACACGCUGCUACCUGCGCCCGUGGGCGCCGUGACUGACGCCGACAUGGCAGCAGCUGCGAGCGCCCCGGGCCGCGUCUGCGUGGGACGCCUGCCCUCCGGCCGUCUCCCGCUCACCUGUGAACCCUCUGCAUUGGGACGCGAAGCAGUUCACAGCUUUAAAGUUGUUGCUGAAGCCGUGACUCUGCCUGCUGGACUGUUGGUGUCCGUGCGCCGCCGACACGCCGCUUUGAGUUACGCUGAGGCGAGCUUCGCCGCCCGGGGUCAACACAGCACCAUCGAGAAGCCGCUUGAGGCAACUGUGUGA